AUGGCGAUUGGUAGUGGCAAAGCGCGCUCCCGCCCAGCAAACGGUCCUCGCACGCUUGUCAAACAUCAACAGGGGCAAAAAUGGUACAGCUAUCAGGUGAAUGCCGUUUCGGACGGAGCUGAAGCUAAUCAAGAUAUGAUCGCAAACGCAGGCGUCCUGUUCGAAAAUGAGCUAGAGCUCUAUAAGAAAAGUGUCCGAUCUAGCUCUGGAUCUGAAGCUUCAUGGCUGCAAACCGUACUCACAAAGGGUACGGCCGGCGACCGGAUGACGGCUAUUCAGUUGGAAAUCACUAAUAGUCCGAUACAUUCCCUGAAAUAUGUGGAGCAACUAGUACGCCAAUGUGAGAAAAAGGCGCUUCGGGAAGCACUGGACACCAUUCAAGGAGAGAAGUCGCUUUUGAGCGGACUCGUGAACAAGCUGGGACAUCCAAACUACAAGAUUGGAGCACGCGUGGCUUUUCUUUUGGAAAAAUUGUGUCAUCGCCACUCAGUGAUGCGAUCAGUAAUUGUCAACGAAGUCGAACACUUGGUUUACAGGAAGAACGUACAUCCUCAUGCUCAUUUAUACGCUGCAACUUUUCUCUCCCAGAUGCCUUUUUGGCCGGGAGAUUCUGACUUGGCGGUGCGAAUGCUGACAAUCUACUUCGGUCUCUUUAAGAUCUUGAUUGCCCGAAAGAAGUUUGAAGAUCGCUUGUUGCGCAUUUUGCUGACAGCAGCGAAUCGGGCUUUCCCAUACGCGAAAGCUAAAGCCGAAUCUCUCGUAGCUGAUAUGGACACGCUUUUUAAACUCGUCCACACCGGCAACUUUGUCGUUGCUGUCCAGACCUUACGUUUGAUUUUCCAAGUCCUGGAGUUAAGUGCCUCUCUGUCGGAUCGCUACUAUUCGGCGCUUUACAAGCUGCUGCUCGAUCACAUUCCCACGAAUAUGUACCAGCAGGUUCUAAGCCUGGUCUACAAAUCUCUGAAGAACGAUACACUGGAGAAGCGUGUCCGCUCAUUUGUCAAGCGUCUGUUGCAGGUUGCUCUGAGCGAGGCACCCCCUAUGUCGGCUGCGAUACUGUUUCUCAUCUCAAAAUUGGCGCAAGAGCGACCACAAUUGGUGGUGACCCGACGCGAGCCUGAUAGAAUGGUGCCUCUUCGAGAUCCAAAGACCAUCCAAUGGCCGCCAUCUAAAGAAGAGAAGGACGCUGAUGAGGAAGUGUACGUCGAUCUCGAUGAUUCUGGGAAGCCGAUAGCGCGCAAGCAAGAGACUGACGCGGACGUCAAGCCUGAAAAAGGGACUGUUGCACCUACGAAGAUUUCCGGCUGGGUUCACAAGGAUAACAAAACGCACAAAGGAAGCUCAUCCCUAUAUGAUGCCAAUAGCCGGAACCCGCUCUACACAGAUGUCGAGGAUUACGUGGAUUUGGAGCUCGCCGUCUUGUCCAAGAGCUUCCACCCAUCUGUAGCCCUUUUUGCGAAGAAUUUGCAAAAGGGAGAGUUGAUUCGUUAUUCUGGCGAUCCGCUUGAGGAUUUCGCUCCCAUGCGCUUUCUGGACCGAUUUGCCUACAAGAACCCGAAGGAGCGCAAAAACCUGAGCUCAUCGAAAGUGGUGCAUAAGAAGCUUUACGAUCCCUGGGGUGUGCGGAAGCUGAAGGUCUCGUCGAAAGAAUAUUUGACGAAGCGGACUGAGGAGAUCCCAACUGACGAACGCUAUCUGCAUAGAUUCGCGAUUUUGAAAUUCCAGCCCAAGGAUGAUGCGGAGCAUGUUGAUAAUUGGGAUGAAGUUGAGAGCGUGGGAAGUGACGAGAUUGAUCGAAUUCUUGAAAAGCUGGAGCCUGGUGAAGCCAACGAUGAUUUUGAAGUCGACUUUGGCCAGGAAUUUUCUGUCGAGAAAAAAGCCAAGGGCAAGAAAGCCUUGAAGCGUGCAGCCGAUGGAGAUGAUGAUGAAGAAACCGAUGAAGAGGGCGAGUCGGAUGAUGAUGAAGAUGUAGAAGACGUUGAUAUUGAUGAUGAUGACGAGGAUAUGGAUGAAGGAGUGGAAGAUGAGGAGGACGAGGAUGAUUGGGACGACGACGUUAUGGAAAUGGAAGGAGAGGGAAGCGAUGACGAUGACGCAACCAGGAAAAGUAAACCAUCAAAGGAUCCAUUCGACGACGAUUCGGACGGAGAUUUUGGCUCUGGAGACGCCUUCAUGGCCGCUGAUAAGUUCGCUGAGAUGUUGGAAGACGGCGGUGAAGAGGAGUUGCAACGCAAGAUCAAGAAGCAUAAAACCCGCAAGCCCAAGGGUUACAAGAAAAGUCGU